AUGAAUCUAGCAGACUAUAAUAGCUAUAUCUCAGUGGAGUCUUUGAUCUAGCUCUCAGCUGUUUGUUAUCUUUUUCUUGCUGUGUCCGUGCGUGUGUGUAGUGACUACUGACCUACCAGCCUAGCUAAGCCUGCACCGUGGAGACUAUUAGUGGAUCUAUGUUGGAGAGAGAGAGUACGAUGCAUAUCAUGUCUUUGCCAAACAUGCCUGGGUAUCCUCCUCACUACGCCAUGCCGGGCCCCACUGGCUCUACUUCGAUUGUACCUCCUCAGGCUUCAGAGCUGGAGCACAGUGUCUCCCCUCCACUUGUUGGCGGGCAGACAGGGAAUGGUGGCCCUCACGGGAGCAACCCUUCUGACAUGGAGGAAGACGACAAGGUUAAGCGUCCCAUGAAUGCCUUCAUGGUCUGGUCGAGGAAGAUGAGAAAGAAGAUUGCCGACGAGAAUCCAAAGAUGCAUAACUCUGAGAUCUCCAAGAGACUGGGAACCCAGUGGAAGGCUCUCUCCGAGGAGGACAAGCGACCAUUCAUAGAUGAGGCCAAGAGACUGAGAGAGGCACACAUGAAGAAGCACCCAAACUACAAAUACAAGCCAAAGAGAAAGAAGCAGACCCCAACCAACACCAGAAUCAUUCCAGGCAUAGGAAGCUGGCCACCCUACCAUCAGAGCAGGCACAUAGUACAUGCUGGGCACAUACCAUCGGGAGGAAGAUGGCAAUAUCCACAGGAGAGUGGCUAUUAUUACACUCCAGGGAAUGGACAGCAUAGCUAUUAUACUGGAUACAGUGGUGGGUACACGAGGUCGCCUACUGUCCCCAGCCCAAGCUACCACAGUUGGAACAACAUGACAGCUCCAUAUCCAAACACUGGACAGCAACACAGCCCACUGCCAACAGACUAUGCAACUGGAUCAUCAGUUCCAGUCACAAUGGGCCCUGGAGCCUGUGCUCAGCAAAGCACUACUGGCCCUCUCCAACAAUCCUGCAUAGUCAAUUCCUACAACGACCCCCUAAACACUUACUCUGCUGCCAUGUCCGUCCGUAGUAACAGCUCCCUUGCCUCUGUCCUUACCUCUCCUACAUCUCUAGUCUUCUCUGGAAUGGACUCUGCUCUAGGGAGUCCGCCCAAAGCAUCUUCUCCCGUUGAAAGCCUCGACUCUUACUCUGAAGUGAUCCUUAGCAAUUGCAAGGUCUCCGAUGACUGUACCAGUAUCCACAGCAAUGACUCUGGUGCCGAGAGCGACCUUCGCAACAUGAUCUCCACUUACUUGGAAGAGUCUAAUUCGUGUCCAGGUCCGACAGAAACCCCUCCGCCAAGUGGCUCCUCCAGACCACCCACUGCAGAGUUCAAGUUAUUAAAUGCAUCGGCACAAUGCACAGAUUUCAUAGCAAGUAAUUCAUCAAAUUUCACGAAUAGUGCUGAAUCUCUACUUGAUGGGGCAGGAGGUACUUUACCCCUACAGCACUUGAUGUAGGUCAACUAACCACCUCUCUAUCAUACAUUAGACUAAUAGUUUGUGUAGCUUUCCAGAACUAGAAAACUCUCUUUAUCUCCCUCACUCUCUUUCUACUAUUUUUCUUUUGUGUCAUACCCCUUUCAUACCUUUUCUAUUUUGUUUGUAUCUUUCUUUUUUUCUCCUUUUCUUUAAACAACCACAGUUUACUAUGCUC